AUGGCUGAAGUCAUGCUAGAGGUCUUGAAAUCCACCUUCUCAAGCAUUGAGGCUCUGGAAUUCGAAUUGGGGAAAUGGCAAGUGAUCAAGAGGCCAAUGACUCUCAGCAUGAAUGAACUUGUCACCUAUCAGAUUGGAUGGCAUGCUGAUGAGCUGGAUGAGCUGGAUGGGAUUAGACAUGUUGGAGAUGGUCAUCUCACUCUACAAGGGCGGUUUUUUCAAGGAUGGAUUGGCACCAAAUUCUGCUUGAUUGAUAGCUUUUAUUAUCAGGAACAGAUAGUGAGUGGACCCCCCACUCCUCAAAUGACCACUGAUCCCCUCCCAAGCAUCCUCUGCCUCCACGGCUCCGGCACAUCCGCCGCCAUCUUCAAAAUCCAAACCAUCCGUCUCCGCCGCGAGCUGCAACACCGCUUCUCCUUCGUAUUCAUCGAUGCGCCCUUCCAAAGCGACCCUGGGCCGGGCGUGCUGCCCGUCUUCGCUGAUGCAGGGCCCUACUUCACCUGGGUGGAUCUCUCUACACUGCCUGUAUCGUGUCGCUCGCUAGCUACAAACAACGAAGAAACUAAGGAAAUGUCGGCGCUGCAGAGGAGUAUCCUCCGCGGCCGCACGCAGCUGAUGCCCGCGCGCACGGUGGAGUUGUUGGAGAAGACAGCUCGCGAGCAGAUCGAGAGGGAUGGGAGGGGCUUUGUGGGCGUUAUUGGCUUCUCGAUGGGGGGCCGGUUGGCUGCCGGGUUAUUGCUGGAGCAACAGGAACGGCUCUUGGCACAGCAGCGGGGGAAUGGCGGGAAUGCGAGCGGGAACGGGUUCGCGGACUGUCACCUUGCUCCGGCUCCCACUGGGGGGCAAUCGUUCAAAUUCGGAGUCUUCAUAUGUGCGACGUCGCCGCCCAUAACAAAAUUGCACGACCCCCUCGAUUAUGAUAGUACGGAUGGAAGAGGUGAUAUAAUCACACUGCCUCAGGUUGAUAUUCCCACUCUACAUAUCCUGGGCCUCAAUGAUCCUUGGAUAGCCCCGGGAGAGUUGUUGGCGACAACUCAUUUCAACCAGGUGAAGACGACGGUGCGGAAGUUGGAUAUGGGCCAUCAUCUCCCUACCCAGCAGAAGGACAAUAUGCUGCUGGUCGAAGGGAUAUUGGAUAUGGCAAAGGAAAUUGGCAUAUGA